AAGUGUGUGAACAGGACUUUUAUUGUGGCGGGGCGGGAUGACGUCAUCAGUCUGCGCCACACUCCUGCAUCUGUGAUUCUGCUGAAGAAAGAGUUUCCAAACAGAGAGAAACUCCUGGAGAAGCAAGUGAGAUCCACAUAAAACACAGUCUUAAAGAUGGCGUCUGUUAAAGAGGAGAGUGAAGACGUGAAGAUUGAAGGAGAAUUCAGAGUCAAACAUGAAGAUACGGAGGAACAAACAGACCUGAUGCCCCUGAAAGAGGAGAGUCAGGAACUGAAUGAAAUGGAAGAGAAAAAUCAGUAUGUGAAAAGUCAUGACUUCAUAACUGCAGACAAAUCUUCUAGUUACUCACAGACUCAUAAAACACAAACUAGGAACCUUAAAGUCCAGAUGAGCGUUUACACCGGAGAGAAGCCGUUCAUCUGUGAACAGUGUGGAAAGAGUUUCAGGCGAAAACAAAGCCUUCAAAUCCACUUAAAAAUCCACAGUGGAGAGAAACUGUUCAUUUGCCCUCAGUGCGGACAGAGAUUUACACUGAAAAAAACACUCAGUGCCCACAUGAGAGUUCACACGGGAGAGAAGCCGUACUCCUGCCAACAGUGUGGGAAGAGUUUCCCACGGAAAGGAAAUCUUAAAAUUCACAUGAGAAUUCACACUGGAGAAAAGCCGUACCCCUGCCAGCACUGUGGCAAGAGCUUCUCGGUAAAAGGAAAUCUUAAAAAUCACCUGCAGGUUCACAGCGGGGAGAAGCCGUUCAUGUGCUCUCAAUGCGGAAAGAGUUUCUUACAAAACAGACAACUUGAGGUUCACAUGCGGGUCCACACCGGGGAGAGGCUGUUCAUCUGCUCUCAGUGUGUGAAGAGCUUUAAGCAGAAAAAAGAACUUGAUGCCCACAUGAAAAUUCACACUGGAGAGAAACCUCACACCUGCAAACUGUGUGGGAAGAGCUACAAAAUCAAAGGACACCUUACGAUUCACAUGAGAGUUCACACCGGAGAGAAGCCGUUCGUUUGUGAUCACUGUGGAAAGAGUUUCCGAUAUAAAGAAAGUCUUAAUCAUCACAUGAGGAUUCACUCAGGAGAGAAAUGUUUUAUCUGUCAUCUGUGUGGAAUGAGUUUCCCAGACAGGAAUCACCUCGAGAAUCAUGCAAAGAUUCACGCCGGAGAGAAGCUCUUCAUGUGCCAUCACUGCGGAAAGAGUUUCAAACAAAGAGCGAACCUUGAGAAUCACAGGAGGAUUCACACCGGAGAGAAACCUUACACCUGCACUCAAUGUGGAAGGAGCUUCACGGUUAAAGGACACCUUGAGUAUCACAUGAGACUUCACACCGGAGAGAAGCCGUUCACCUGCCCGAACUGUGGAAAGAGCUUCACAAAUAAAGGAAACCUUAAGACUCACUUGAGAGUUCACACUGGAGAGAAACCUUACAAGUGUCUGCAGUGUGAAAAUAGUUUCACAUACCACACAGAACUGAAACGGCAUUUGCAAACUCAUUCUGGAGAGAAACUGCUGUUUUCCUCAGCGUGAAAGGAGUUUAGCAAAGGGAGAAAUUUCAACAGUCUUUGUUGCAUUGACUCUGGAGAAAAAUAAUUCAAUUGUGAUUAGUCUAAUAAAAACAUCACAUCUAGACAUACCAAUGGAUGUAAAUGUGAGACUGUGUUUGUGUUCUUUAAAAGAAUUAAAG